AUGGACCACAUCGCCGAUGCACAACGCACCGAUUUGAUGACCAUAACCCGUUUCGUUCUCAACGAACAAUCAAAGCACCCUGAAUCUCGCGGCGAUUUCACCAUCUUGCUCAGUCACAUUGUUCUUGGAUGCAAAUUCGUUUGCUCAGCUGUUAACAAGGCUGGUCUUGCUAAACUCAUUGGACUUGCUGGAGAGACUAAUGUACAGGGUGAAGAACAGAAGAAGCUGGAUGUUCUUUCCAAUGAUGUGUUCAUCAAGGCUUUGAAAAGCAGUGGCAGAACAUCCAUCUUGGUUUCUGAAGAAGAUGAGGAGGCAAUAUUUGUGGAGCCUUCGCUACGUGGAAAGUACUGUGUUGUUUUUGAUCCACUGGAUGGCUCCUCCAACAUUGAUUGUGGUGUUUCCAUUGGAACUAUUUUUGGGAUUUAUAUGAUGCAAGAUAACCAUGAACCAGUCAUAGAAGAUGUCCUGCAACCUGGGAAGAACAUGUUGGCAGCUGGUUAUUGCAUGUAUGGAAGCUCUUGCACGCUUGUAAUAAGCACCGGAAGUGGUGUCAAUGGUUUCACCCUUGACCCUUCUCUUGGUGAAUUCAUCCUAACUCACCCUGACAUUAAGAUCCCAAAGAAAGGCAAGAUUUAUUCUGUGAAUGAAGGGAAUGCCAAGAACUGGGAUGGCCCUACUGCCGCUUAUGUGGAGAAAUGCAAGUUUCCCACAGAUGGUUCAUCAGCAAAGUCUCUAAGAUAUAUCGGAAGCAUGGUAGCUGAUGUUCAUCGCACAUUGCUUUAUGGAGGUGUCUUUUUGUACCCUGCUGACAAAAAGAGUCCAAGUGGAAAGCUUCGUGUAUUGUAUGAGGUCUUCCCAAUGUCCUUCUUGUUGGAACAGGCAGGAGGACAGUCUUUCACCGGCAAGGAAAGGGCACUUGAUUUAAUUCCAACAAAAUUGCAUGAACGAUCUCCGAUAUUUCUGGGUAGCUAUGACGAUAUUGAAGAAAUCAAAGCUCUGUAUGCUGCAGAAGAGAGUAAAUAA